AUGGCGCCAAUGACUCGGCUAAGAGCGAACGAUGACCACAGCCCUGGAGAGAUGAUGGUGGAUUACUACGCUCAACGAUCACGAGUUCCAGGCACACUUCUUAUCACUGAAGCCAAUUUUAUUUCUAUCAACUCACGUGGAAGGGACGAAAAUGCCCCUGGAAUCUACACUGAGUCCCAAAUUCGACAAUGGAGCCGUGUCACAGAAGAGGUGCACAGGAACGAUUCGUUCAUCUUCAUGCAGCUGUGGCAUGUAGGACGAGCGGCCCGACAACAAGCUCUGGACAAGGCAGGAUUGCAGAUGGUCAGCAGCAGCAACAUCCCCAUCAGUAACGAACAUCCUACUCCUCGGCCAAUGACGACAGAGGAAAUCUGGGAAUGCAUUUUCUCGUUUGCCCAAGCGGCAAGAAAUGCCAUAGAAGCUGGCUUUGAUGGAGUUGAAGUCCAUGCUGCAAACGGAUACUUGAUUGAUCAAUUUAUCCAAGAUACUUGCAAUCAGCGGACUGAUAAGUGGGGAGGCAGCAUUGAAAAUCGUUCGCGUUUCUGUAUCGAAAUUGUGAAAGCCGUCGUUGAUGCAAUUGGAGCACACCGAACCGCAGUACGUCUCUCGCCAUUUAGCGAAUUUCAAGGCAUGCGUAUGAAAAACCCAAUUCCGCAAUUCUCGGACCUUAUAAGCCGGCUCAAGGAUUUCAAUCUCGCUUAUCUGCACCUUAUUGAGCCGAGAGUAUCUGGAAAUGCAGACAAAGAAGCGAGUGAGCACGAAAGUCUCGAUUUCGCACUCGAAACUUGGGCAAAGUCUAGCCCGAUCAUCUUAGCUGGAGGCUAUUCUUUCAAGAAGGCGAGCGAAUCUUUGGAUACAUGCUUACGAGAUGAAUCUGUUGCGUUCGCAUUCGGGAGAUACUUUAUCUCCAACCCAGACCUACCAUUUAGACUGGCCAACAACAUCUCCUUGACGAAAUACCAGCGUGAAACUUUUUAUAAAGUGAAAAGCCCAGACGGUUAUACAAGCUAUCCUUUUAGUGAUGCUUGGAAAGCAAGUUCGAUUCUGCGCGAUGGGAACCAAGGAGAGAGCUUACUGAAAUAA